GUUUCUGCCCUUCCAGGUGCUGCGAUGCGGCUGAAGCUCUCCGGCCACUGACCGCUGCGGGCCCCUCCCACUUCCAGAGCCGACCAUGUCGAUCAUGGACCACAGCCCCACCACGGGGGUGGUCACGGUCAUCGUCAUCCUGAUCGCCAUUGCAGCGCUGGGCGCCCUGAUCCUGGGCUGCUGGUGCUACCUGCGGCUGCAGCGGAUCGGCCAGUCGGAGGACGAGGAGAGCAUCGUGGGCGAAGGGGAGACCAAGGAGCCCUUCCUGCUGGUGCAGUACUCAGCCCGCGGGCCCUGCACCGAGAGGAAAGCCAAGCUCACGCCCAACGGCACGGAGGCCCACAGCUAACUGGCCGUGGAGGGGAGAGGGGGCCCCGAU